GGGGGGGAGCGUGCGCUGUCCGGCGAAGCAAAAAUGGCGGGCCUGUAAUCCUGGAGGAAGGUUGGGCGUCGGUGUGUGAGGAGGGGAGACCGGGUCUCUUGGCGGGAAAGACGGCGGGUCUCUUGAGGGGAAGCGUCUUCGUAAGGGAGAGGCUGGGGCGAAAUCUCAGGGGAAGGAUAACCACCCGGGACUAAAAAUGAUAAGAGAAAGUUUUCAGGAAUCUGGUUUUAAAAACAUACUUAAUGAUGCAAGAAGACAGGAUUUGGAGAAGAAGUUUGAGCAGCUUCCCAAUGCAGAUAAGUAUGUAUUUCAACAUGGACCUGUCGUCCUUUCAGUAAAUUCGUCUUUCUGUGGCUUGCUAUCAAAUACUUUAUUCAGGCGUGUCCUGCAUGUUACCCAGGGUCGUUUUUCAUCCACUUUACCAAUGGUGUUUAUACCACUCAUCUCAACAAUGGUAACAUAUGAAGCUGCCGUACGGCAGCCUUUAAUGGAAGGUGACCUAAAUUGUUCAAUUUGUGCUUUUAUCCGAGGCGGCUUAACUGGAGCUGUUGUCGGUUGUUUGCAUCCUGUUUUUAUAGCUUUACCGCUGAAUGCAUGUCUUGCGGCAAGGUAUAAUACAUCCCCCAUGCCAAGUAAAGAAAACAUGCUGAAAUACUGGAAGGGAGUUUGUUAUCCAGUUCUGAAAAAGAUGAGAUUCGCUAUUUUUCUGCAGUUUGCACUUGGUGCAUAUCUGGGCUCACGACAACAUGCAAUAUAUCUGAAGAUGCUGAAGAUGCCUGGACUUAAAGAUCCUGAAGAACUGGGUGAUUAAAAUGUCUGCUAUAAUUUUUGUGGGUUUUUCUUUUCCUCACUUGUCUUGUUUGUUGAUGUCUUAACAAUAUUAGUCUAUGCCAUCUGCAGCAAUUUCAGGUCAGUUAGCUGACUAUUUAACUACACCUAGGAAUGGUUGGCAUAUUCAUUUGUGAAUUUGGCUAACCAAAAGAACUACUGGAUAGCUGUGUGAUUUAGGUAUCUGGCUGUGGUGCCAAAGUUUGGGCAUUUGAUUCCUUCCUGUGCCUCAACGGGCACAGGGGCUGCACUCAAUGAUCCAUAGACUCCCUUUCUAGCUCUACUGUUCUAAAAAGGACGAUGAAACCAAAAACCAUUGUUCCCAACUACCCACAUACAGACAGGAAUGAAGUUACUGGAGUCUCAUGAUGGACUUUUGAAUCAAAUGUACCAGAAUAACUAAUGGCAAAAGCAAUGGCUGAAAUCCUCUUGCAGCAGCAAAUUUCUAUCAGUUAAAGGUGAUUCUAGAGUGUACACAACCUGUACAACACAUGCGAUUAAGGUCGCUCUAAACAAGGUUAUCUAAAUCAAUCUCCAAAGAUUUUCACAACCAGUAAGUUCCUUGCCUUUCACACAUUUGUUUUCCAUUUAUUCUUACUUCGAAUGAUUGGCUGUAAAAGUCUGUACCUAUCACUUGUCAUUAAAUAACUGAAGUAUUCUAAACAUGCAUUUCAGGUAUUUUAUGAUUUCUUAAUCUUUAUCCAUUUGCCUUAGUACUUCCAGGGUCACCCUUGUUAUCCAAGAAAUCGCUAUCCUGCAAUAAAUCUACAUUUCAAAUGGUCCUAUCUUUUUAAAAAGAGUAUCAUGUGUUAAAAGGAAGAGGAAUAAAAAUCUUUGAAAUAAAUUAUUUUAAAAUUUA